GCCCGAGCCAAUCGAACCUUAUUGCACGGCAGGGCUGUAAUUGGCGAUGGGCUUGCUUGCCCUGGGAACGCCGCUUGACUGGCCAGAGGCCAAGCAAGUCGCCGGUCAAGUCAGGUCAUGGGGAAUCGAACAACUACUCGCCAUCUGGCGAAACGCAAAAGGCAAAGAGCGAGAUGCACUACUUUGGGGAGACGAGAUUGAAUACCUAGUUGUAUGCUACGACCAGGAUAAUCACAAGGUCCGGCUGUCUCUUCGCCAAGCGGAUAUCCUGGCUGCACUGGCUAGCGAUGAGAAGCUUUUACAGCAAGGCGGAGGCGUGUCUGAUCUAGUAACAGGAGAUGCCGGGGCCACGGAGAAUCCUGCUCCAGUCUUCCAUCCCGAGUUUGGGAGGUUCAUGCUCGAAGCAACCCCGGGGAAACCAUGGGGCAUCGGGUUCAAAGACCUCCUUGACGUCGAGCCAAACAUGAAAUGGAGACGAACCAUAGCCAAGGACCACAUGGCGGAGACCGAGUUUCCCAUCACAUUAACAACGUUUCCCCGGCUCGGAUCAGCUGACUGUAUCGUCCCAAGUUACCCAGUCUCGGGACCCAAGCUACGCUCCCAAUUCGUCCCGGACGAGAUUGCUAACCCCCACAUCCGCUUCCCGACACUAGCGGCGAAUAUCCGCUGGCGAAGAGGAAGGAAAGUGGAGGUCAAUGUGCCUGUGUUCAAAGACGAGAACACGCCGUGGCCGUGGAAAGACCCUACGGUCAACUAUGAUCUGCACCAAUGGCCUGAAGACGACGAUGUUCGCAACGGUGCAGCCAAGGAUAACUACAUCCACAUGGACGCAAUGGCUUUUGGCAUGGGAAGCUGCUGCUUGCAAAUCACUUUCCAGGCGAGAGAUAUCGAGGAGGGGAGGAAGAUGUACGACCAAUUGAGCCCGUUGGGACCUAUCCUGCUAGCGUUGACGGCCGCAACACCCAUCUACAAGGGCUUCCUUGCUGACACAGAUGUCCGGUGGAAUCAGAUUAGCAGAGCUGUAGAUGAUCGUACACCUGAGGAGAUUGGGGAGAAGCCACUCAAAAACGACCGGUGGCGGCUCCCAAAAUCCCGCUACGCAUCCAACUCUACCUACAUCUCGCAAGACCCGCGCUUACGGCCAGAAUAUCUCGACCCCGACCUAAUCGUCGACACUGACAUCAAACAACGCCUUGUGGAAGGCGGCAUGGACGAUCUGCUAGCAACCCACUUCGCCCACCUCUUUAUCCGCGACCCCAUUGUCGUCUUUGCCGAAGAUCUCGAAGAACUGGAUCUCACAAACGCCGACCAUUUCGAAAACCUGCAGUCGACAAACUGGCAGCACAUGCGCUUCAAGCCGCCGCCAGCCGGCUCCGACAUGGGCUGGCGCGUCGAGUUCCGCCCUAUGGAGAUCCAAGUGACCGACUUUGAGAACGCGGCGUUUUCCAUCUUCAUCGUCCUGCUCACGCGUGCGAUCCUGUCGUUCAAUCUGAACUUUUACAUUCCCAUCACGCUGGUGUCUGAGAACAUGGAGACGGCGCAUAUCCGCGACGCCGUGUCGACGCAAAAGUUCUGGUUCCGCAAGAAUCCCUUCUCAUCGCACAAGUCCAAUGGCAACGGCAACGGCACGUCGUCGAGUCCCGGCGGCGAAACGCAGGCCAGUCGUCCCGCCACGCCGGUCGGCCCCGUCGAGGAUGAAUACGAGCUCAUGACCAUCAACGAAGUCAUCAACGGGCAGACGUCGACAGACGGCGGCUUUCCCGGCCUCAUCCCGCUGGUCGAAUCGUACCUCAACAGCAUGAACGUCGACGUCGAGACGCGCUGCGACCUGGCCACGUACCUCGAUCUCAUUCGGAAGAGAGCAAAUGGCACGUACUGGACGGCUGCGAAGUGGAUCCGCAAUUUUGUCGCGACGCAUGAGGCGUACGAGCGGGACAGUGUGGUUGGCGAUGAGAUUACGUUUGAUCUUGUCAAGGCGGUCGAGCAGAUUACCAAGGAGGAGGGCAGAGAUGGGCUCGGGAGGGAGAUGCUGGGUCUGCGACGCUGAGGGGGUUGGAAUAUCAUGGUUUCGAGGGUAACUGUGCUGCUCAGUGAGUUUUACCUCUAGAUGAAUAGAAUGGCUAGUUGGCUAAAUCUAAACAAUAUGGGUAUCAGUCUCUUUACGCCCAUGCUGCUCCUUGCUCAUCACUCACGACAAUGACGGGUGAAGAGAGUAUAAGUAUUGAAAGUAAGACUCUGAA